AUGGGCUCCUUGGGAGUCGAGCCUCCUUUGAAAGUCAUCAUCGUUGGGGCCGGGCUAGGAGGAUGUGCCACAGCUCUGGCCAUGCACCACGCGGGCUUUGAGGUGGUCAUGUUCGAAAAGGUCAGGGAGUUCCAGCGCCUCGGAGACUCGCUGGGACUUGGCGAGAAUGCAUUUAAGCUGCUGGACCGGUGGUCGCCGUACCUGCGCGACCGUCUGAUCGAGAUCGGGAACAAGUCGGAAUUCAUGCAGAUCCGUCGCUGGCAUGAUGGCAAAGUUCUCGCCCAGCAGCCGCUGAUGGACAUGGCGGGAUACAUUGGCCAUCGGGGGGACUACCAUCGAGGCUUCUUGGAGGCUGUGGCAGAAAAGGGGAUACCUCUAUACAUGGGUAGCGAGGUGGUAGAAUACGACGACACGACUCCGUCAGUGACGCUGAAGAAUGGAGAGCGACAUUUCGCGGAUGUUAUUAUUGCCGUUGACGGCAUCAAGUCACGGGCACGGGAGCUGGUGCUCGGGUUCGACGACAAGCCCAAGUCGUCCGGGUACGCGUGCUUCCGGGCGUUCUUCAAGGGCGACAAACUGAAAGGCGACCCCCUGACGGCCGAGUUUGUCGAGAACGAGUGCGUCAACAUCUGGAUCGGCAAGGACAUGCACGUGGUGCAGAACACGCUGCGCGGCGGAGACGAGUUCAACUGGAUCAUCACGCACAAGGACACGGCCGACAUCCAGGAGUCGUGGUCGCAGCCGGGUGACAUGGACGAGGUGCGCCGGCUGGUGACGACGCUGGACCCGCGCAUCGCCGCCGCCAUCCGCAAGACCGACGAGUGUCUCGACUGGAAGAUCUGCUACCGCGACCCCAUCCCGACGUGGGUCAGCAAGAACCACCGCGUCGCCCUGGUCGGGGACUGCUGCCAUCCGCAUCUACCCACGAGCGCUCAAGGCGCAAGUCAAGCGACCGAGAGCGCGGCCGUGCUGGCACAGUGCCUCCUCCUGGCUGGGAGGGAUAAUAUUCCGUUGGCGACCCGCGUCUACGAAAAGAUCCGCUUCCCCCGUGUGCGUCGCGCACAGACCAACGGCGAAGACCUCCGCGACCGAUGGCACACGGCGCUGGACCGGAUAGGCGACGGCGACGAGAUUGACCGCGACUCCAUUCUGAUAAAGAACAACGUGCUUUACGACUACGACGCCGAAGCGGAUACGCGGAAGCGAUGGGCCGAGAUGGCCGCGCUGGUGGGCGAGGAGCUGCGCACGGGCAACAUCUCGCCGCUGUGCUGA